GCAUGUGUGUGUGUGUGUGUGUGUGUGUGUGUGUGUGUGUGUGUGUGUGUGUGUGUGUGUGUGUGUGUGUGUGUGUGUGUGUGUGUGUGUGUGCGCGCGUUUCCGGUUGUCUUUCUGUUGUGUGUGCCUGUGGGAGAACGUGUGCACAUAUGUUUGUAUGUGUGUGUGCCUAAGGCUUUCAUGUGAUGUGAGUUUUCCUGCCCUCACUGUGCAAGUCUGGAGACUGUGUAAGUCUGGAGACUGUGUAAGUCUGGAGACUGUGUAAGUCAGGAGUCUGUGUAAGUCUCGUCACAUUACCCUAAAGGCUAUGGUCUUAGAAGAUGUGGACCCAAAGGCUACAGUUCCAAAGGUUACAUUUCUAGAGGUUAUGGUUCCAGAGGCUACAGUUCCAGAGGCUACAUUCCCAGAGGCUACGGUUCCAGAGGUUAUGGUACCAGAGGCUACAGUUCCUGAGGCUACAUUCCCAAAGGCUACAGUUCCAGAGGUUAUGGUACCAGAGGCUACAGUUCCUGAGGCUACAUUCCCAAAGGCUACAGUUCCAGAGGUUAUGGUACCAGAGGCUACAGUUCCUGAGGCUAUAUUCCCAAAGGCUACAGUUCCAGAGGUUAUGGUACCAGAGGCUACAGUUCCUGAGGCUACAUUCCCAAAGGCUACAGUUCCAGAGGUUAUGGUACCAGAGGCUACAGUUCCAGAAACUAUGGUACUAGGGAUUAUGAUCGUAGAAGCUGUGGUCACAUAUACGAGCUAAUUCUGUGUUAUUACGACGACCACCACCAAAGAAGCCAUGAGAACGCUCUCUGAGGAAGAUGGGACGCCCUCACACUGAGAAAGAUGGGACGCCCUCACACUGAGAAAGAUGGGACGCCCUCACACUGAGAAAGAGGGUGUGGAGGUCAGAGACCUGUCCUCUACCAUACUGCCAUAGUAUCCCCAGAGUAUUCACAGUAACCUCCAGGAACUUGUUUCAGUAAUUUAUAAUCUGG